UCGUCGCCGUUGCAGCCGUCAGUGAUCGUGCAGGCCGUGGCCGAGCGCAGUCAGCUGUUCCUAGCUAAAUCGCCGGCGCGUUGACGUUACAUUGAUCAUUCUCUUGUCGGCGUCGCCGCUCGCAUCGCUACUGAGCCAAUAUGAAUUACAUGUUUUAGGUUAAGUUCCAGGUUUAAAGAUCCCUUGGUCGUUUUAUGAAUUAGCUCACCCCCUGGAUACAGGAUGUGAAUUGUUUUGUGAUCGUUCUCCCAUUGGCUACGACUGACUGCGAUUUUUGUUUGGAAUAGACUUAUAAUAAGAUGGCCACUACCCCUGGGUGUAUGCCAAGGUGGCGAAGCGGACCGUCGCUGGGAGACUGGGGACAUCAUGCACCAGAGACUGAGGAAGAGUACGUGGAGUACUACCAGGACAGAAUCACACACAGUCAGUCUAGGCAACUCUUGCCUCUCAUGGAGGAUCUGGCAGACUGGCUAAACAAAACGUUAGGGUUGGAACACCUAACGUCAUCGAAUCUUCUUGACAUGCUAGACAACGGAGUGGUCCUUUGUCACUUGGCCAGGGUUAUCCAGGAAAGAGCUUUAGAAGCAGUGCACAGUGGGCUAGCAUCAGGGACUCCACCAGUAAUAAAAGGUCGAUGUUUUGAAAACGCAGCAAGGCGCAGUUUCUUCUCCAGAGAUAACAUGGACAAGUUCAUUCAGUUCUGCAGACAACUCGGAGUUCACCAGAAUCUACUGUUUGAAAGCGAUGAUUUGGUCCUGCAGAACAACCCCCGCAGUGUGGUCCUCUGUCUCAUGGAGGUGGCAAGGAUAGCAUCCAGAUUCAACAUGGAGCCUCCAGGACUUGUCGCUCUUGAGAAGGAGAUUGCAGAAGAAGAAUCACAUGACUCUGGCAUAUCCCACGGCUCUAUCAUCUCCUGGCAGUUCCAGCCUACACCUACACCCAAGGUCAUCAGGCACAGCAGUUCUGCAUCAGCGUUGUCAGGAUGGAACAAGACGAUUGUUGACAGAAGGAGUCUAAUACUGGAAGGGGAAGCAGAUCAAUUAAGGAGAGUGGUUUCAGAGAAGGUACAGUCCGCACCAGGGGGUGGGGCAAGUGAUGGAGUUCCAAGUGAUACAACAGAAGACGAUUGGUCCAGAGGAAGUGGAGAGGAUCCCGAUCUGGAAAUAGAACACAACACCACACCAGUCAAACAGAACAUUUCAGAUUUGGAUAGAAAGGUGCAACACGUCACUAGAGUAGCUCAGAAACACUGCCACUGUUCCGAUGGUAAAUGUGAAAAACUAAAAGUGAAGAAAGUCGGUGAAGGGAAAUAUAACAUUGCUGGACGCAAUGUAUUUGUUCGGCUGCUCAAAGGGCGACAUAUGAUGGUACGUGUCGGAGGAGGCUGGGAUACUCUGGAACACUUCCUUCAACGUCAUGACCCUUGCCAGGUGAGAGGGGGAAUAGUGUCCCGGGCAGCUUCCCCUCUGCCGGCCACUCCCUCCAAGUUCCUUCGACACUCAACGCCUUUCCGUAGCGGCACGCCAGACACUGUAGGCCGCUAAAGGCUCCUCUACACUUUAUGUCUGUUUUGAGAUUAGGUGGGGCAAGUGUGUUAUUGGGGGGGCCUUACUAAUUAUCCUAGAACCUCUUAAUUCCUGGACAAACUACGAAUUUGAUAGCAGCACGUCAGACACUGUAGGCCGCUAAAGCUCCUCUACACUUAGUGUCAUUUAUUAGAGGAGGUGGGGCGAAUGUGUGAUUGGGGAUGCCUUAAGUACCUUAUUUCGUCUAAAUUCCUUGCUACUCCACAUAUUUCACAGAGACAUGCCUAAUUUAGGCCGCUAUUGGCUUCUCUACACUAUGCCUUUUUUAGUAGAGUUGGGGCGAAAUAAGUUCUUUUUAUUAAUUUACCUCUUUCUUCCCCACAAUAUUUUUAGCGGCACGCCAUUAGUUUACGCUAUUAGGGGCUCCUUACACCUCAUGCCUUUUGUCCUGUGAAGAGGAGCAAAGUUUUUGUUUCCUACAAUCGAUAAUUUACCAAAAUUUUCCAGACUCCACACAUUUUUUUGGCAUGGCAGACACUGAAUAUCACAUUCGCCCCAAACACUUACAUAAUUUUCCCCACACUACAACAACGGUUUAAUCCCCUCAUAAGACUAUGUUAUGCUAAAUCUUAUAUUAGCAGAAGAGCAUUAAAACUUUUCUUCGAUAAGGAAGUGUUAAAAAUGUGAUUAAUCUUCACACAGGCAUCUGAAUGCUGAAUUUUUAUCGUGUAAAUAUACAAAUCAGAGCUUUAAACUUGUUAGCAGCGUUUAAGGUAGGGUACUAAACUGAUUAAAUAAGUAAAAUAAAUAAGAUUAAUCAGAUAUAAUGAGUAGUUCAACCCACAUUUAAUAGCUCAUAUUGAAUAAGGAUUUUACAUGGUUAUAUCUGCAAAAAAUAGUUAAAUAAUUAGCCAAACAUUUAAACUGGAAGUAAUAACGUACAAUAUUGAUUUAGGAAAGAUAAACUGAUUAUAAUUCAAUUUAUUGACAUAGACUACCAAUGCGAAUGAACCAUAAUAUUAAAGAUCUCUACUACAUUCUAUGAAUUCUCAUAUCCGUUCAUUUUAACAUAGUUUAGGAACAAUUUAUUUCAAGAUGGAUUCUUUGGAAUUUAGAUUUAAUUAUCAUAAUGUUUAUUUAGUUUAUGUAUUUAAAAAUAAAUCUUUAAAUAUUGUUCUGAAUUCUUACAAAUCAUUUUAUAUUUUGUUACACACAACUCUUAAGCUUUGUAUUACGUUUAUUAUAUGAAGUCUGCCUACAUCAGUAUUACCAUUGUGUUUAUUAAAAUAAGAUUAAAAUAAAAAUUAAAGUUCUUUAAAAUUAAUAAAAUGCAUUUUUGAAUUAGGUAAUACGAGUCUUGUACCUAUAAUGUUUAAACUUCAACUUGUGUAUUUGAUUGUUCACAAAUAUUUGUAACAGGGUAAUUGCAAUAUGUUGAUUACUCAUUAAAUAUUGUUAAUUUUCAUUUCAGUUGUAAAUUAUAACAUUAAGUUAUACUUUUUUAAAUAUAGUUCUGAGGCAGCUAGGACUGGUUACUAAUUUUUGCUAAGUAUUGUUUUAUAAUUUUGUAUGUUAUUGUUAGUUAAAAGUUUUUAUGUUGUUUCAAAUUAUAUAACUUUAGUAGUAUAAGCAUGUUGAUUUAUUAGUAUAAAAUUCAAUUGAGUUAUCUAUUGAAGGCAUGUAAUAGCUAUGUAUAACCACUUUACCUAAAUAUCUUCAUAAAAUGAGUGGCUGGGUUUAGAAAUAAUCUUUUUUCCAAUAAUCAUUCCGUCAAUUUAUUAUGUAAUUAAUUUUAUGAAUUCAAUUAUUUCUUAAGACCUAAUUUUGUUGAAGAAUUCAAACAGUUUGUUAUUUUCUUUUUAUGUUUUCAGUUAUAGAUCAAUAACUGUGAAAUAUUUAAAACACAGCUAAAAGCCCUCCGAUUAAAACUUCAAGGGACUAAACAAGUACUUAAAUUAGAUAUAUUAAUUUAUAAGUAAAAGUUAAUGCAUUUUCAGUUACAUGUCUGGGAAUUUUUUGUUUGUAAAUAGUAAAAAAAUACCUAAACAUUUUUUUCAAAAAGUUAUUAUCUUAGUUAGGAUAGAUGUUAAAUUAAGUUUUUAUUACUAAAUUAUAAUAUGUUUGUGAUUUGAUCAAGAAUAAUUGUAGCAUUAUUGUCAAUUUCAGAUGUUAACAGCAUAAUGUCCGUAGAAGCAGAAAAAGUAUUGAAUCGUUUAGUUUCUAGAUAUUUAAGAACAGUAUACAAAGUAAAAUAACCUUUGCCUUUUGCAUGAACAUAUAUUGCGUCCAUUUUAAUGUUUGUUCAAUUCACACUAGUUCCACUUUUAUCUCAAGUCAAUUUUGAUUUUUACAUGUUUUGUUGUUGAAAGUAUUUUGUAAAAUAGCACGCUUCUUAAUCAAAGCACCAAUGUUAUUUUUAUAUUAACAGUUUGUUAAUUUUAAAAUGACACACUGGUGCUAUUUUAGAUUUUGUAUUAUUUGUAAAAUAAACCAUAUUUGUUU